AUGGCGCCCCGCGGCCGCCUCGUUUUCGCGCUGCUGCUCCUUGCCCUGGCGGGGCCCUGCGCGGCCCUCAUCAGGAUCCCCCUGACCAAGUUCCCCUCCAUGCGACGAGUCCUGAAUGAAGUGGGCAGCGAGAUCCCAGACAUGAACGCCCUCACCCAGCUCCUCAAGUUCAAGUAUGGCUUUGCUGAUGUGGCUGAGCCCACUCCAGAAAUCCUGAAGAACUACAUGGAUGCCCAGUAUUAUGGUGAGAUCGGCAUCGGAACCCCCCCUCAGAAGUUCACUGUUGUCUUUGACACUGGUUCUUCCAACCUCUGGGUGCCAUCUGUGCACUGUCACCUGCUGGACAUCGCCUGCUUGCUGCACCACAAGUAUGAUGGCUCUAAAUCCAGCACCUAUGUGGAGAAUGGCACCGAAUUUGCCAUCCACUAUGGGACAGGAAGCCUCUCUGGGUACCUCAGCCAGGACACUGUCACGCUGGGUAACCUGAAAAUCAAGAACCAGAUCUUCGGGGAGGCUGUGAAGCAGCCGGGCAUCACGUUCAUCGCUGCCAAGUUCGAUGGCAUCCUGGGCAUGGCCUUCCCCAGGAUCUCUGUGGACAAGGUCACCCCUUUCUUUGAUAACAUCAUGCAACAGAAGCUGAUUGAGAAAAACAUCUUCUCCUUCUACCUGAACAGAGACCCCACAGCUCAGCCUGGGGGAGAGCUGCUCCUGGGAGGGACUGACCCCAAGUACUACAGCGGUGACUUCAGCUGGGUCAACGUCACACGCAAGGCCUACUGGCAGGUCCACAUGGAUGCGGUGGAUGUUGCCAAUGGGCUGACUCUGUGCAAAGGAGGCUGUGAGGCCAUCGUGGACACUGGGACCUCCCUCAUCACUGGCCCCAGCAAGGAAGUGAAGGAGCUGCAGACAGCCAUUGGUGCAAAACCCCUCAUCAAAGGCCAGUAUGUGAUCCCCUGUGACAAGGUGUCCUCCCUGCCUACUGUCACACUAACGCUAGGAGGGAAGCCCUACCAGCUCACUGGAGAGCAGUAUGUCUUCAAGGUUUCUGCACAAGGAGAGACCAUCUGCCUGAGUGGCUUUUCAGGCCUGGAUGUCCCACCCCCUGGGGGCCCCCUCUGGAUCCUGGGAGAUGUCUUCAUCGGUCCCUACUACACCGUCUUCGACCGUGACAACGACUCUGUCGGCUUUGCCAAAUGUGCCUAAGUGCCCCAGCCCUGCUGCCUCUGCCACACACACACCUACAUGUGGGAGCCACAGAGAAAAAUUCCCAGGAUUAGAAUCCCAGUGAGUGGAAAACAAAACAAACAACAACAAAAAACACAAACAAACAAGAAAAAGAAAUGGAACUAGAUUUAAAAGUGACAUGGAAAAUAGUCCUUAGUACCCUUGCUAGCUACUUUUUCCCCCUCUGUUGAGUAAGUGGUGCUGGGAGGUCUCUAGUUGACAACUCCAGCUGGAGUAGCCCCUUGGUUUACUGCUAGGUCUUCCAAUACUUGUUUUUAGGGAUGAUUCUCAGAGCUGAACAAGACCCUCUCCUGUCUCCCAGCCCUGGUCUCCUUCCUGGGGGUGCAGCUGGCUGGAGCCAGCUCCUGGCACCUCUGUUCCUGCAGAGAAGCUGUGUGGCUGCUCUUGGGUUUGGGCUUCUGUGCUGGGGGAGAAGGAUGGGGAGGGCUAUCCAACAUCUAACCACUUCUUGCUUUUUCACUGAUGCAGUGGGGGAGCAGGAGGCAGGGGAGGGUCUUCAUCAUCCCUCCACAGUAGGUUGAGGCAGUGACUGGUAGGCCAUUUCUUGAUGGGUUUGUGCUGGCUUGGUCCUAGGAGAGCAUGUCCUGGGCUGGAGUAGCAAGGGAUCAUGGUAGCAUGGCCAAGGGUUGAGUUUCCAAGCCCAAGGGUUCUGGUGAUGUGGUUUUGUAUAGUGAUAGCAUUAGGGAGAGAGCUGGGGGCAUGAAGCCCACGUGCCUGGACCUAACAGCACAGGGAUUCAUAGGGGAGCUUCAGCCAGUGAGACUCCUUGGAGGUCAAGAUAGGAUUGCAUAGAGGGCACUUGAAUUUAUGGCCAUGAGGGCCCAGCUUCCUGCUGAGCAAAGUCACUUGAAACAGGUUCUCCUUAGUUUGAACUCUAACCACAGAUCUUCCCAGCUCCAUCCACAGCCAGGCUGCUGAGAAUAAUGUUUCCUGAAGCAGCCAAGUGACCAAGUUGAAAUCACACUGAGGGAACCCAUAGGUGUUUGUCAGCCAUGUAAGAGCUUUUGGAAACACUAUUUUGCAGCAUUUGGAACUGCCCAAAACUCCAGAGGCAGCUGGCAGAGCCACCAAGCCUGGGCAGAGGAAGGAGCUGUGGCAGCUGCUGGGCUUGCACUCACGUUCCCUGCUGCCCCAUCCCAAACCCCAACUGCCUUUAACCCCUCCUUACCUGCUUUCCACCUUACUAACCCUGCCGAGAGCUCUGUUCUUGUCCACCCUGUGCUGCAGAGGGAGUGAGGCACAGCCCUGCCUGGGGAGGCUGUGGCUGCUGUAGCUGUUCCCACAGGCCCUCCUGGAGAGGAGGAUCCAGAGCUGCACAUAUGGAGCUGCUCGCUUGGCUGGGCUGGCGUCAGCAGGCAAACACUGGUGGAACUGGGAGGAGGAUGAAGUGAGUUUGAAGUGGUACUGGAAAGCAGAAGAGAGUCUGCCAAGAGGCCCAGCCUGUGCUGGGAGUGAAGGACUCUCUUUGUUUUCCAGUAUGCUAGAUCAGGCCCUGAAGUCAGGGAGAGGUAGCAGGUGAAGAGCAAAGCUGAAGGUGGCAGGAGGAUUAGGUCCUGAAGUUAGAGAAGAGGCAGCAGGUGAAGGGUGAAGCUGAGGGUGGUGAGAAGAUCAAGUCAGCACCAUGACCCCAGCCCAGGCAGAAUUCCUGGCUCCCCAGUUAUCCUGCCAGCAAUCCCAGUGGGGCCAAAGAAGUUCCCAGGAAGGGUCUUUGGGCAGUGGGUGACUAGGUGGUGAUUUGAUGUCCUGAACUCACCAUGAGCACCAGAGGCACAGGGGCAGAGGUCACAGAGUGAGCUGCAGGAGCCUACCAGUGAGUAGGUAGGCUGUGGAUCUCCUGUCCCCACCCACGGCAGCACUGGGUUUGGCUUUACAGCCCUGCCUUACACCUUGGAGGGGUCUGGUGUGGGCAGUGAGGAGAGGCCUGGGCACACCUGGGACUUGUGCAUUGUCCCCUGCCACCCCAGAUGUGACAGAUCUGCUCCCCAAGCUUGCUUCUGCCUGUGGUAAUCUUCACCUGCAACCCUGCAUCCAGAGGCCUGAGGACAUCUACCUGUUGUGGACUGGCUAGAGAACAGCAGUGUGUCACCAAAACACCCCUUCAGUAGGCACUCCAAAAUCAGCAGCUACUCAGCACCUCUCCAGAGAGCCCCAGCUUCACACCAGUUAAGUGCCCACAUUCACAGCUGCAGGAUUCCUUCAGCAUGGGAAGACAGAGACAGCCUCUUGGUUACCUGCUGGGCAGGGGGAAGCCUGACAUGCAUCUGGCAGCAUGUUUUGAACAUCUCCAGCAUCAGGGUUGAAGCAGAAGGAGCCAGCAAGCCAAGCCAUGGUUCUGCUGGGUGUGCAGUGCCUCACACCAUCUGCACCAUCACCUCUGUGGUAACCCAAGGCUGGGCUGAGGUCUGACUGGGGUACAGCAUGGCCCCCAGCAAUGCCCUGAGUGACAUGGGGUAGGCUGGAGGAGAAGUUCAUCAUGCUCUUCCCUGAAGUGGUCUCCUCCCCUCCUCCUUUUAUUUGUGUUUUUAAACCAAACUCUAACGGUGUGACUGGUUGGUUGGUUGGUUGAUUUUUUUUUUUUUUUUUAAUCUAAUUUGCUGUCAGAAUUUCUGUCUCGUCAUAGAACAUGGAGAAGAAAAUACAGUA